GAUUCCCUAACAUACUCGUUGCUUUGAUCUCCCCACUGGUAUCAACGUCAUGUAAAGGUCUGAGAGGUGACUAUCGCUGAAGUCUGUGAGCUAUCAUCUAUUCUGACAGCACUCAAGGGUCUAGCGCUGAGGGCCAAAGAGAAUCUCGGUUGCAUUCCUUCCAGCGAGUGUCUCGAUUUGUCUGUUCGCCUUGUGUUAGAUUUGAAGAGAGCUUUGUGCCAAAAAUUUAGAAGACAAGAAGAUUGUAAUACUGGUAGUGUGUCAGUGAUAUUCUAGAGGGAUGAGAUAUCACAUUCUUGUCACCGGGCUUAUACUGCUCACCUGUGUCACAUCCGCACAUGCUCGAAAUCAGUGCAAACCUUGUAAUGAAUUGCGGUGUAAAGACGGAAAAGACUGCGAGAUAGUCCCCCUCGUGGCAUGCCCUCCCGUCAGGGUGUGUGUCGGGACGGUUGUCAAAGAUGAGUGUGGGUGUUGUGAUGAGUGUAUGAGCACGAUUGGUCAGAAGUGUGAUAAUGUCGGCAAUGAUAGUGAGGUCAAAAGAUGUGCUCCUGGUCUGAAGUGCGUGCCGGGCGAGUCGGGCCCUUACCAAGUGGGAAUAGGAGCCAUGCCAAUUAGAAGGUGUGAAAAAGAUGCUGAUCUAUGCAGUGAUCCAGUGAAAAAGAAGAGCUAUCGGAGAGGGGAGAUCUGGGUACAGGAUGUUUUCGCGUGUAAUGUAUGCACCUGUGGCGCAGGCGGUCGUAUGAAAUGUUCCAGCAUGCAGUGCAAUAACAUGACAUGCGCUGACAGUAAACACGUAGAGGACAGGUGCUGUUCGUUCUGUAAGCAGGAGGAUUGGGAAAAGGGGUGUGAAUUCAACAAAGCGACAUAUUUCGAUGGCGAAAUGAUAGUGUUACAAGAUCACCGUUCGAUAUGCACCUGCCACAAUAGACGCUGGUCAUGCACAGUAGACCCCACCCAUGGCUUCAGACAACUUUCAGAAAAACCCGCAUGUUAUGAUGAUGCUUAAGAUGCACCUGGGAAGUUAUGGUCAGUGUGGCAACUCAGCGAUUGUGCGCAUUGUGAAUGCCAUAAAGGGGGCCACGGAAACUGCUCAGCGGUUACUUGUGAGAGCAGGCGCUGUCAGAAUCCGUUCAGAAUCAAAGGUCACUGCUGUCCUGUCUGUCCCGAAGACUAUUCGUCAGCGUGUCAUUAUAAUGGUGACAAGCUCUUGAGCGGAGAAAGAAUUGUCCUCCCUGAUCGUUGCACGAUGUGCACUUGUCAAAACGCGCAGUGGAGCUGUGAAACUAAGCGAUGCAGCAACUCUAAGUUCGUCAAAGGGCCGUAUAGCGUUUCUCCCGAUUAGACCCCGACACAAGAGAGUUUGGGACCCAAGACGGUUCUAGUAGAUGGUGCUGCUAAGGCUUCGGCAUUAGCACUUGCUCCUAACAUAAUAUUUGAUGAGAGAGACAAGACUUCUGUAGCAGAGAAAGUAUGAUAUUCAGUAGUAUUCAAGAGGAUAUCAGGAGCCCCACUAUUUAUAGUUGAUGUAAAGUGAUCAUUUAGAACAGAAAACACAAAGCAAACACUUUUAGUGAGUAGGUUUAAGAUCAGCGUUGCCACACUACACAUCUUCGGGAAACAUGUUUCUUGACACUUAGAUGUUGUUUUUAGAGAUAAAUAAACGUCUAGAACACUUGUA